UGGUAAGAUUGAGUGUUUUUCGAAAAUCCUACUGGCUGUAUAACUUCACGCUCUUUAGAACUUCCAAGGCCAAUUUGCCUAUGUCAAUUAGGCUUUUUUAUCCAUAUCUAUUUAACGCACAAUGCCAUUCACCGCCAAACCUAGGCCAACUCUGUUUUCAUCAAUGCUCGGUUUUAUUUUGAUAUGUUUGGUAAAUCUUAACAUGCUGGUGUACUCACAAGCGUCAACUCCGGUGGCUCCCACCUACGCACCUUAUCGAGUUCAAUGUCCGACGGAAAAGCAACUACUGAGGAUGUCAGGAUCGGCGGCCAACAACAAUCAAACAUUAUCGCAAGAAGAGCAAGCUUUCCGCAAUGGGCGUGCAUCGGUCACAAGCCCACUUUGGCGAGCGUUUUUCACCAGCGGACCUGGCAAAGCCACUGGUUAUCAAAAUACUACCCUGAUGGCUCCAAAUCACAACGAUUGGCCCGUUUUCGGGAUGGCUCAUUCUGGCGGCGGUCAACGAGCGACAUUGUAUGGGGCUGGCGUAUUGAAUGCACUGGAUUCAGGGACAACCACUAGCCCCAUCCGUGGAGUUUAUCAAUUAGCAUCUUAUGCAACUGGUCUCAGUGGUGGAAGCUGGCUGGUCGCUUCAAUGACCGCGCACAACUACCCCUCAGCACUCAAUUUACUUUCCUGGUUAGAAACGGAAAUCGAUAUUGUCCUACCUCAAGGAGCUUUUUUCAGCAAUUUUCGGUUUUUUGAUCACAUAUUGUUUGUUGUUCUUCAAAAGAAACUUGCCGGCUUCAAGACAUCCAUGGUUGAUUUUUGGGGCAUAGCCCUUGGGCAGCAUUUCUUGCCUGACGUAGUGUCCACCGGCGGCCUUGUAGACCCGGCGGCUAUCAUGACGCCGCGUGGGGUCGGGCUCCUUUUUUCAAGUUUGAGCAGUUCAUCGUCGCUUCGAGAGUUUCAGAAACCGCUUCCGAUUAUUGUCAGUAACCACAUGCCUCUAAACAACACCGACGUCAACCCGAACAAACUUCCCAUCCAAGGAACCACAUACAUCCCCCUUUCAGCUCCGAUAUAUGAGUCUUCUCCUUUCGAAUUUGGAAGCUUCGACCCCCAAUUGGGCGCAUUUAUUCCUACAGAAUAUUUAGGCACCACUCUUGAGUCAGGAAAACAGGUUCCAUCCUUGGGAGGCUACUUUUCAUCCCUCUUCUCUGGUGCAGCUAAAAACUGCGUUCGCGGUUUUGACCAAAUGAGUUUCAUCAUGGGAAGCUCAGCAGCAAUCUGUAACACUUUAAUCAAUGGCGCCGUGGCAGAUUUCCCCUCGAAAUACGCUGCGGUGUUAAACUUGUUUAGUAGUAAUAUCAUAGAUAGCCAGCCCCUUCUGGCUCAUUAUCCCAACCCCUUCAAAGGAUUAAAUGGUACGAUGGGGUUUGACCGAUCAAACUCGGAUGAGUUGCUGAUUGUAGACGGCGGCGAGAAUGGGGAGAACAUACCUUUCAAUCCAUUGUUAGCUCCGGCAAGAAAGGUUGAUGUUAUCAUGGCCCUAGACGCGUCGGCUGACACCGCUUCAAACUAUCCCAAUGGCAUGGCCAUGAUAAACUCCUGGCUUCGAAUUCACAAAGUGCUACCCGAGGGUACCGCCAGCUUUCCUCCGGUCCCAUUAGAACCUCAAACCUGGAUUAAUGAAGGUUUCGACACGCGACCUACUUUUUUUGGCUGUAACGCGUCAAGCACUCGAGGCAAUGGCGGUUAUCCUCUGAUCAUCUAUUUGCCCAACAGCCGACUGUCCUCUUCGCCAACUAACUCAUCGACUUUUAAACUUCAAUACUCCAACGAAGAGAAGAAUCUGUUCAUGGGCUCGGUAGCAAACUCAACAACACACCCUCUUUUCGGCCCGAGGAAGAUAGUAGAUGAAGAGUGGCCAACCUGCUUAUCUUGUGCAUUGAUUGAUCGCUCAAGAAACCGUUUGAACGUUUCCCGAUCGGUCGCCUGCGAAAAUUGCUUUGCGCGCUACUGCUACCAAGAUGGUGUCCCUCAGCCCACCAACCUGUGACCCCAGUCUUUCAUUCAUUGUUAAAUAUCUCCGUCCGGGCUCAAUCCAACAUCUCACCAGAGGGAUCUAUUGUAAUAUAUCAACAAGCCUCAUGACGUGUCUACCACCAGACUUUUCUCCUCUUUAAUACUUUACAUGAAUCGCAUUCAUUCCCUUUGCACACGCUCGCCGUACGCCGUCUUUCAACACUUCACACUUUGGUUACCAACACAGGCGACAAGUCAAUUUCAUCAUCAGUGGAUCUACUUACCAUCUUGACAGCAUCCAUCACCCAACCUUAAGGUUUUCUUUCUUAUGCUUUGACAAGCCAUUGCUUUUGAAAUUUCAUCAAACUUUAAUUUCUUGAAUCAAAUUUGCUUCAACCUCAGCCCUGAUCACAAUGCCUGCCCAGGUGGUAGUCAUCAUGCAAUGCAAGGUGUUCAGCC